AUGGCUCUACCUACCUCGAAGCAUCUGGCUGAAAAUUUCAUUUUUCUUCUGUUUGUAAUUGCUUCUGUAAGCACAGAAGAAGCAGCUGUUGCAUGUCCUGACAAGGAUCCUGAGUUAGAAAACUGGAACCCAGGUCACAACGAAGAAAACCGCGUUGAAAUCCGUAAUGGCAGGAAGCUCCUUCUCUCUUCUUCUGCGACUGUCCACUCUAUCCACAUCACUGAUGGAGGAAAACUGGUCAUUAAAGACGAUGUGCAGCCUAUCAUUUUGCGUACUAGACAUAUACUCAUUGAAAAUGAUGGAGAGUUACAUAUUGGCAGUGAGAUGUGCCCUUACCAAAGCAAUGUGGUUAUCAUCUUAUAUGGGCGAGCGGAUGACAGCAGCCAGCCGAAUCCCUACUUUGGGCAGAAGUAUCUUGGAGUAAGUAAGGGUGGCACUCUUGAGAUCCACGGAAAGAAAAAACUGUCCUGGGCUUUCUUAAACAAGACUCUUCAUCCUGGUGGCAUGGAGGAAGGUGGAUAUUACUUUGAAAGGAGCUGGGGCCAUCGGGGUGUCAUUGUCCAUAUUAUUGACCCAAAGACGGGGGCAGUUGUCCAUUCAGAUCGGUUUGAUACCUACAGAGCAAAAGAGGAAAGCGUACGUCUUGCCCAGUAUUUGGGCAGAGUUGCGAAUGGCAUGAUCCUGUCAGUAGCAGUGAACGAUGAAGGAUCUAGAAACUUGGAUGACUCGGCGAGGAAAGCAAUGACCAAACUGGGCAGCAAGCAUUUCCUCCACCUUGGGUUUAGGCACCCAUGGAGUUUUAUUACUGUUAAGGGAAAUCCCUCCUCUUCUGUUGAAGACCACAUUGAAUAUCAAGGUCACAAAGGGUCAGCUGUGGCCAAAGUAUUCAAACUAUUCAAAGCCGAGAAUGGAGAACAUUUUAACGUCUCUUCGACUAGUGAGUGGGUUCAAGAUGUAGACUGGACAGAGUGGUUUGAGAAGCCUGAUAAAGCGAGAUCUAAGGACAUGGAGAAGCUUUCUGACUUCAAAGCUGCGCAUCCUGAUAAAAUCUGUAGGCAACCCAUUGACAUCCAGGCAAUGACACUUGAUGGAGUUAAUUUAACAACUGAGGUUUUCUACAAGAGUGGCCAAGAUUACAGGUUUCUGUGCCACGGCAAGGACCAGACGGGCGAGGGCUGUCAGAACUACAGAGUACGGUUCCUGUGUGGCAGAUCUGUUAAACCGAAGCUUACGGUAACCAUUGACACUAAUGUGAACACUACAGUCCUGAAUCUGGAGGAUGACGUGAGCUCAUGGAAACCCGGAGACAGACUGGUGGUUGCAAGCACUGACUACUCCAUGUACCAGGCGGAGGAGUUCCAAGUACUGCCAUGCAGAGCCUGCAAACCCACCCAGGUCAAGGUAGCAGGGAAAGCAACAUACCUCCACGUUGGCGAAGUCAUUGAUGGUGUUGACAUGCGGGCAGAAGUGGGACUGCUGAGCCGCAACGUCGUGGUGAUGGGCGAGAUGGAGGGGCGGUGCUAUGAGUACAGCAGCAAGUUAUGCUCCUUCUUUGAUUUUGACACCUUUGGGGGACACAUCAAGAUUGGCCUUGAUUUUAAGGCUACCCAUAUUGAAGGUCUAGAACUGAAAUAUAUGGGCCAGCAGACAAUGGGUCAUUACCCAAUUCAUUUCCAUAUGGCUGGAGAUGUGGAUGAGAAAGGAGGCUACAACCCCCCAACGUACGUGAAGGAUGUCUCUAUCCACCAUACGUUCUCCCGCUGUGUCACCGUUCAUGGAUCCAAUGGUUUACUGGUGAAGGAUGUUGUGGGUUAUGAUGCACUGGGCCAUUGCUUCUUUACGGAGGAUGGCCCAGAAGAGCGCAACACAUUUGAUCACUGCCUUGGACUGCUUGUUAAACCUAGCACUCUGCUCCCCUCCGACCGAGACAGCAGGAUGUGCAAGCUCAUCACGGAGGGCGCUUACCCGGGGUACGUCCCUAAACCCAGGCAGGACUGUAGCGCCGUAUCCACCUUCUGGAUAGCCAACCCACACAACAACCUUAUAAACUGUGCAGCUGCGGGAUCUGAAGAAACAGGCUUUUGGUUUGUUCUGCACCAUGUGCCGACGGGGCCCUCAGCGGGCAUGUAUUCCCCCGGCUACUCGGAGCACGUGCCGAUGGGGAAAUUCUCCAACAACCGCGCGCAUUCCAACUACCGGGCAGGAAUGAUCAUUGAUAAUGGCGUUAAAACCACUCCAGCCUCUGCGAAGGACAAAAGACCUAUCCUGACACUGAUUUCUGGGAGAUACAGCCCACACAAAGAUGCUGAUCCUUUGAAGCCCAGGGAACCUGCAAUAAUUGAGCGCUUUAUUGCCUACAAGAAUCAGGAUCACGGGGCCUGGCUGCGGGGUGGAGAUGUGUGGCUGGACAACUGCCAGUUUGCUGACAAUGGCAUUGGCCUGACCUUGGCCAGCGGUGGCACUUUCCCUCAUGAUGAUGGCUCAAAGCAAGAAAUCAAGAACAGCCUGUUUGUUGGUGAGAGUGGAAACCUGGGCACUGAGACGAUGGACAACGAGAUCUGGGGACCUGGAGGUCUCGAUCACAGAGGAAGGACCCUGCCCAUCGGCCCGGAUUUUCCCAUUCGAGGGAUUCAGUUCUACGACGGACCGAUCAAUGUCCAGAACUGCACCUUCCGCAAGUUUGCUGCACUGGACGGCAGGCACACGAGUGCUCUGGCCUUCCGGCUCAAUAACGCCUGGCAGAGCUGCCCCAAGAACAAUGUCACUGACAUCCAUUUUGAAGACGUCCCUAUUACCUCAAGGGUCUUCUUUGGAGAACCUGGACCCUGGUUCAAUGAUCUGGAUAUGGAUGGUGAUAAAACAUCAGUUUUUCAUGAUGUAGAUGGUUCUGUGUCAGAAUAUCCAGGCUCAUACCUGAUAAAAGAAGAUAACUGGUUAAUCAAGCACCCUGAUUGCAUUGAUGUCCCUGACUGGAGAGGCUCCAUCUGCAGUGGACACUUUGCACAGAUAUACAUCCAAGCCUACAAGCCAGCCAAUCUGAAAAUGAAAAUAAUAAAAAAUGACUACCACAAUCACCCACUCUACUUGGAAGGGGCUUUGAGCAAAAGCACUCAUUACCAGCAGUAUCAGCCAGUUAUAACUCUGAGGAAAGGCUACACCAUCCACUGGGACAAGACAGCCCCUGAAGAGCUGGCCAUAUGGCUCAUCAACUUCAAUAAGAACGACUGGAUCCAAGUAGGGUUUUGCUACCCUAAAGGGACGACAUUUUCCAUUCUCUCAGACAUCCACAAUCGUCUCUUGAAGAAAACGUACAAAACUGGAACCUUCUACAGAACCUCUCAAAUGGAGAAACUAGAGCACAGAUAUCCUAGCAAAGGAUACUACUACUGGGAUGAGGACACCGGGCUGCUGUUUCUGAAACUCAAAGCUCAAAAUGAGAAGGAUAAAUUUGCUUUCUGCUCUGUGAAGGGCUGUGAACGAAUAAGGAUCAAAGCCGUGAUCCCAAAGACGGCUGGCAUCAGCGACUGUGAAGCCAUGGCCUAUCCCAAGUACAUUGAGACACCGAUAGUAGAAGUGCCAAUGCCUAAGAAGCUCUCUAGUGCACAACUGAAGACUAAGGACCACCUACUAGAAGUGAAAAUAGAAACAUAUAAGAAACAGUACUUCCACCUAAGGGAUGACUUUGCAUACAUUGAGGUUGACGGUGUCAGGUUAUUCCUCACUGAUGAGGGUAUCCAGCUGGUUGUGAUUGAUGGACAUAAUGGAAAAAUUGUUGAUCGAGUAACAUUCAAAAACUCGAUUCUACAAGGAAUCCCAGCACAAAUAGAAAAUUAUGUCAACAACAUCAAAGAUCACUCCAUAGUGUUGGUGACAUCUAAAGGAAGAUUCAUUUCAAGAGGACCAUGGACUAAAGUACUGGAGAAACUUGGAGCAGAAGAGGGAUUUAGGUUAAAAGAAAAAAUGGCUUUUGUCGGCUUCAAAGGCAGCUUCCGCCCUGUCUGGGUGAAGCUGGUCACUAAUGAGGACUCAGCUAAAAUCUAUCAAGCACUGCCAAUUCCUGUGGUGAAGAAAAUGAAAUUAUGA